UGAAGGCAGAUGAAGAGCCCAGGCCCUGCCCACAUGUGGAAGAACAUUGUGCUGCUCUUGCCCUCGCUGUUGGCUGUGCUUCAGACCGCUACUGCCGAGAAGAAUGGCAUCGAUAUCUACAGCCUCACGGUGGACUCCAGGGUCUCUUCCCGGUUUGCCCAUACCGUUGUCACCAGCCGGGUGGUCAACAGAGCUGAUACUGCUCGAGAAGCAACCUUCCAAGUGGAGCUCCCCAGGAAAGCCUUCAUCACCAACUUCUCCAUGGUCAUCGAUGGCGUGACCUACCCAGGGAUUGUCAAAGAGAAGGCUGAAGCCCAGAAGCAAUACAGUGCUGCCGUGGGCCGAGGAGAGAGCGCUGGCCUUGUCAAGACCACUGGGAGACAGACAGAGCAGUUUGAAGUGUCAGUCAAUGUGGCCCCUGGUUCCAAGAUUAUCUUUGAACUCAUAUACCAGGAAUUACUCCAAAGACGACUGGGAAUGUAUGAGCUACUCCUUAAAGUGAGGCCUCAACAGCUGGUCAAGCACCUUCAGAUGGACAUCUACAUCUUUGAGCCUCAGGGUAUCAGCCUCCUGGAGACAGAGAGCACCUUCAUGACCCAGCAGCUGGAAGAUGCCCUUACCACUUCACAGAACAAGACCAAGGCACAUAUCCGGUUCAAGCCGACACUCUCCCAGCAACAAAAGUCUCAGUAUGCACAGGACACGGUGCUGGAUGGAGAUUUCAUUGUCCGCUAUGAUGUGAACCGGUCUGUCUCUGGGGGCUCCAUUCAGAUUGAGCAAGGCUAUUUUGUGCACCACUUUGCCCCAGAGGACCUUCCUACAAUGUCCAAGAACGUGCUCUUUGUCAUUGAUAAAAGUGGAUCUAUGUCAGGCAGGAAAAUCCAGCAGACCCGAGAAGCCCUAGUCAAGAUCUUGAAAGACCUCAGCCCAGAUGACCAGUUCAACCUCAUUGUGUUCAGCGAGAGAGCCAGCCAAUGGGAGCCGUCGCUGGUGCAAGCCACAAAAGAGAACUUGGACCGGGCUGUAAAGUAUGCUUCCAAGAUCCACGCUCAGGGAGGGACCAACAUCAAUAGCGCAGUGCUACUGGCUGUGGAGAUGCUGGAUAGAAGCAACCAGGCUGAGCUACUGUCCUCGAAGAGCGUCUCCCUUAUCAUCCUGCUCACGGACGGGGAACCCACUGUGGGAGAGACCAAUCCCACGAUUAUCCAAAACAACGUGCAGGAAGCCAUCAGCGGGCGGUAUAGCCUCUUCUGCCUGGGGUUUGGCUUUGAUGUGCACUAUCCUUUCCUGGAGAAGCUGGCGCUGGACAAUGGUGGCCUGGCCCGGCGCAUCUAUGAAGAUUCGGACUCUGAGCUGCAGCUUCAGGACUUCUACCACGAAGUAGCCAAUCCACUGCUCUUAUCGGUGGCCUUUGAGUACCCCAGUGAUGCUGUGGAGGAUGUCACGCGGUACAACUUCCAACACCACUUCAAGGGCUCAGAGAUGGUGGUGGCUGGGAAGCUCCAGGACCAGGGCCCUGAUGUCCUCGUAGCCAAAGUCAGUGGGCAGAUGCACAUGAAGAACAUCACUUUCCAAAUGGAGGCCAGCGUGGCCCAACAAGAGAAGGAAUUCCAGAACCCCAAGUACAUCUUUCACAACUUUAUGGAGAGACUCUGGGCACUGCUAACUAUACAGCAACAGCUGGAGCAGAGGAUUUCAGCAUCAGGUGCCAAAUUAGAGGCCCUUGAGGCCCAAGUUCUGAACUUGUCCCUCAAGUACAAUUUUGUCACCCCUCUCACGCACAUGGUGGUCACCAAGCCUGAAGGUCAAGAACAAUUUCAAGUUGCUGAGAAGCCUGAGGAAGUCGCUCAAGGCCAUCGUUUCCAGUCCCCUACCAGAGGAUCUAAACUGAUGACCUUCCUGAAAGGAAGUAGGUACCAUAUGAUGCCCAGACAACACAUUCUUCCUGGACUUUCUGCAUCUCCUGGGCUUCCUGGGCGUCCUGGGCCUCCUGGGCGUCCUGGGCCUCCUCCUUUUGCUUCUGGCUUUGACAGCCUGCAGCCUUCCUUAGGAAGGAUGCUAGACCUGCCGACCUCAGUCGAUGUACCUGUGCUCAUGUUCCCCUCAGCAUCACAAGAUCCUGUCAACCCACGUCUGGCUGUGUUACCAACUGUGGAGGUAAAAGAAAGCACCAUACCAGAGGAAUCCCCAAGCCCAGACAACCCCCAAGUUCCUCCUAUUAUCUUGCCGCUUCCGGGAUCCAGUGUGGACGAGCUCUGUGUGGAUAUCUUACAUUCCGAGAAGCCCAUGAAGCUGUUCAUAGACCCCAGUCAGGGGCUGGAGGUGACUGGUAAGUAUGAGAAUGCUGGGUUCUCAUGGAUCGAGGUGACCUUCCAGAAGCCUCAUCUGCAGGUCCAUGCGACCCCUGAACGAUUGGUGGUGACACGGGGCCGAAAAAACACUGAAUACAGGUGGAAGAAGACACUGUUCACUGUGUUGCCUGGCUUGAAGAUGACCAUGGACCAGAUGGGACUCCUACAGCUCAGCGGCCCGGACAAAGUCACCAUCCGCCUCCUGUCCCUGGAUGACCCUCAGAGAGGACUGAUGCUGCUUUUGAGUGACACCCAACACUUCUCCAACAACGUUAAAGGGGAGCUCGGUCGAUUUUACCGGGAUAUCAAGUGGGAUACACCCAUUGAGCCAGAUAAUACAAGGCGGGCAGUCAGAGCUCAAGGAGUUGACUACCUGGCUACAAGAGAGCUCAAGAUGAGUUACCAGAAAGGGUUCCCAGGAAGAAUGAUUUUCUGCUGGACGGUGAAGAUAUAGAACUGUUAGGAGCAUCGCUCCCCACCAUGUUGUCCUCGUAUGCAGGCAGAUGACACCGGAUGCCAACAGGGCUGCCUGUGAGGGGAGGAGGAUGCCCCCUGGCUACAAAUAAAGAA